AUGCACGUUGACGACUUUCUGGCCAGCGAAUUGUGGAAGAGGGGUCCCGAAUGGCUGUCACAACCAGAAAAGGAAUGGCCUGUCACGAAGCUCCGUGAGUAUCCGGAGGCCGGAAAGGAGCGACGUAAGCUGCGGUUUUCCUCAUACGACCGCCUACUUCGUGUAACCGGCUACAUCCUUCGGUUCAUCGCCAAUCUUCGUAGUAAAGCCCGUACGCAACCACUUCCUCUUAUUGGUUCGCUUCCCAGUACAUCCCUAACCGUCGAACAGCUGAACGUCGCCGUACGAACACUGAUUCAACUGGCUCAAGCAGAUGCCUUCCAUGAGGAGAUCCGAGACCUGCAAAACUGCAAAGCUGUCGGAAGGCGAUCGUCAACCCGUCUGCUGACACCAUUUCUAGACCCUAAUGGAACCAUUCGGGUAGGGGGGAGACUAAGCCUUUCAGACCAGCCUUUUCUAUCCAAACAUCCCGCUCUAUUGCCAAGCAACCCUCCUCUAUCCCGCCUAAUUGCCAAAUCCUACCGCCAAUCGCUCAUCCACGGUGGCGGCCGCCUUACUCUCGCAGCCAUGAGAGAGAAGUAUUGGCCAAUCCACGGUCGACGACUCGUCCGUAGUGUCAUUCGUACGUGCUAUAGAUGCGCUCGAGCCAACCCCGUUCCGGCGAACCAACAUAUCGGCCAACUUCCUCUACACCGAAUCACGCCUGGUCGACCGUUUGCUGUUUCUGGAGUGGACUAUGCAGGACCGGUCUACGUCAAACCAGUACACAAGCGAGCUGCUGCAACGAAGGCUUACGUGUGCAUUUUCGUCUGUUUCUGCACCAAGGCCGUACACAUCGAGUUGGUGAGCGAAUUCUCGACUCCAGCAUUCCUGUCUGCACUUCGACGCUUCAUCGCCCGUCGUGGACUUCCCACCGAUCUGUAUUCGGACAACGGAAAGAAUUUUGAAGGAGCUUCGAAUGAACUGGAUGAGGUCUACCGAAUGCUGCAAGAAGAAACGCGAAGGCAUCAGAUCACAUCAGACCGAACUUGUGAGCGGAUCACCUGGCACUUCAGUCCACCGAAGGCACCGCAUUUCGGAGGAUUGUGGGAGGCAGCAGUGAAAGUGGCCAAACGUCAACUGUACCGACAACUCGGCAACUCCAAGCUAUCCUUCGAUGACCUCAAGGACCUCGAGGACCAUUAA